AUGGUGUUCAGCAACUGCAGCAGCAAGCGCAAUGGUGGUGGGCUCUACGUCGAUAAGAGCAUGGUGCAGAACAACGGAACGAUGGAGUUCAGAAGCUGCAGCACCGAAUCUCAUGGUGGUGGGCUCUACGUCGAAAAGAGCAUGGUGCAGAACAACGGAACGAUAGCGUUCAGCAACUGCAGCAGCCGAUUAUUUAACGGCAUGGAGACCCAAGCAGAGGAUGAGACCUGA